UUUUAAGGUUUUAUUGUCACGUUUCACAUCUGCCUCUCAGUCGCUUCUAGGUCUCAUUGGGUUCUAAGGUGCGCAAGUAAGGAAGGAGUGCAUUCCAGGCGUGGGUCACAGCUUUCUCAAAGACAUGGGGGCAGAAUAAAGGAAUUAGAGGAAUAGGCAAGAGAACAGUUGGGCUGGAAUGAAGAAUUUACGAAGGAGGCUGGUAUGAAAUAUGAAGGAGGCUGGAGAGGGAGCGUCGAGCCAGGCUCUGCAGGCCCUUGGGUGCCAAGCUGAGGAAGCUUGCUCUGGGGGCCACAGAAAGCCCUGAAAAGAAGGAAAAAGAGUAUUUGGGCAUCUGUGUUAAGGAUGCACUAGAGAGGGAAGGGCUUAAUCUGGGAAAUUGGUGGGUAGAGGGGAUGAAGACCUCAGAGAGGGAGGUAGCCAUAGAAACAGAGGUCAGAUAUAAGAUGUUGUAGAGAGAGAAUUGGCAAGAUCUGGCAACUGGUCAGAUAGCGGGGGUGAGGAGGAGGGAGGUUAUGUGUGGCCUUGUGAGUCUAGACCAGGGAGAGAUGGCACUACCCUUGACAGAAAUGGGCAAGCCUGGAGGAGAAUCAGGUUCAGAAGAGAGAUAAUGAUUUCUGUUUGGGGCAUGUUGCAUUUACACUGUUGAGAUGUCUAGCAAGCAAGUUGGUGACGCCAUUGGAAUCCAAGAAAGAUUUGAUAAAUAAUAGAUGUUUUUUGCUGAGGCAAUUGGGGUUAAGUGACUUGCCCAGGUACACACAGGUGAAGUAUCUGAGGUCAGAUCUGAACUCAGGUCCUCCCGAUUUCAGGGCUGGGGCUCUACCCACUGCGCCAUCCAGCUGCCCCCAAUAAAUAAAUUUAGUAGUAAUCUGCCUAGAGGCAAUCAUUGAUUAGGAUCAGAGGAGCAGAGAAACUGCCAAGAAAUUCAGGGAGAGAAGAAAAAAAUAGUCUAGAAGAGAUGUGUGGGGGAGUUUACAGUCAGGGAAGUAGAAACGGAUGGUGAUAUGGCAAGGGAGACUGAGAAGGGUCAAUCAAGAGAGAAAAACGGACGCCAAGGGUAUAAUAUCUCAGAAGUCAAAAAAGGAUAGAAUAUACAGGGUGGAAGAGCGCUUGACCGAGGCUGAGGAGAAUGAAGACUGAGAAAGGCUCUUGGAUCUGGCCGUUGAGGAGCUUGGGUAAACUUGGAGAGAGCGAUAUCAGUUAAUUGGUGGGGUAGGAAGCCGGACUUCAAGGGGCUGAGAAAUGAGUGGAAGGUGAGAAUGGGGAGCCCACCAGUGGCUUUUUCUGGGUGUCUGGCUACAAAAGAGAAAGCUACAGGGUACGUCGGAAGAGGAUGGGAGGGUCAAGUGAAGGCUUGCUGUUUUUGAAGGAAUAUAGAAGAUGGAGAUACGUGUGUAUGCAGAACCAAGAGAUAAAAACAGAUUGGAGAUGAGAAAAAGGAAGAUGCUGGGAGGCAAUCUCCCAGAGGAAACUGGAAGGGGUGGGAUCAGGGGUCACAAGUAUUUGUUUGCUCUGUGUAGAAACCAGCCCACAACAGUUUCACAAGCUGGAGCAAAGGAGGAGAGAACAGGAGGAUGAAUAGAGAUUUGGAGGUGGGGGAAUAAGGGAAAAGAAAGAGUUCACAGUGGAUGACCUUCAUUUUCUCAGCCAAGUGGAAGGGAGCAAACAUGGACACCUUCAGCACCAAGAACCUUGCCCUGCAGGCUCAAAAGAAACUCCUGAGCAAGAUGGCCUCCAAGACCAUGGCCAGCGUGUUCAUCGACGAUACGAGCAGUGAGGUCCUGGAUGAGCUCUACAGGGUGACAAAGGAAUUCACCCGGAACCGUAAGGAGGCUCAAAAGAUCAUUAAGGACCUUAUCAAGGUCGUCAUGAAGCUGGGCAUCCUGUACCGCAAUGGGCAGUUCAGCCCGGAGGAGCUGGCGCUGAUGGAACGCUUCCGAAAGAAGGUCCACCACCUGGCCAUGACCGCGGUCAGCUUCUACCAGAUAGACUUCACGUUUGACCGUCGGGUCAUGGCCACGACCCUCCACGAGUGCCGAGACCUGCUGCACCAGGCUGUCAACACCCACCUGACGAGCAAGUCCCAUUCCCGCAUCAACCACGUCUUUAACCACUUUGCGGACUUUGACUUCCUGGCGGCCCUCUACGGACCCUCUGAGCCCUAUCGCUCCCACCUGCGGCGGAUCUGCGAUGGGAUCAACAAAAUGCUGGACGAAGACAGCAUCUGAUUUCGGAAACGACUGGCGACACGGGGCCGAUGAAGCUGCUCCUCAGAGGUGGGGGAGAUACGCUUUCUCUUCCUAUUUCUUUCCUCCCAAUCUGCAUCUAGCCCAACUGACGCGAUCUUCUCCCAUUCCUUAUGGUAUGACAGGGAUUUGCGUCCCACAGAAUUGUUUUACCAGAAAAUUUCACAGGCUUCGCCUCCACCUGUGUAGGAAGUGCUCUCAGGGAAUCAGGGAGCCCCAAAGGGGAGCUUUGUUGCUUCAAAGAGCAGUGCAUCGUACCAUGGAAAAUAUGGCCUGGGGACUAGAAGCGCCUCGGCUUCAGGGAGGUGGCCGCUGAGCCCGGUGAAUGUCCCGCCCUGACUUGGUCUGAGCUCUCCUUCCUGGGGCACUCGGAACUGCCCUGUGGUCCUGUGAGAUACAGCUGCAUUCAUACUCUGAAAGCCCAGUGUAUGCUGGCCAGGGAAAACCUACCACAGGAGCAGGCCUCCGUCCCACUCAAUGUUAACAGGACUCCGAGGUGGUUUUAGGCAAAGCUAGUUUGGACUGAGAAUCCUUCUGCUGAAUUCAGAACAUUGUUUGCAAGGCCUGCAGAAGGUACAGGAAGGUUGUGGUUUUGCUUUUUUGCUUUUUGUUUUUAAAGGAUUUAACGGUUUGUAAGAACCAGAUCUGUUUAGGGUAUAUUCUUAGGCUAAAGAGACAGCUUGCAGAGAGAGGGAAGAUAGAAACUGCUGUCGCGGAGAGAUUGAGGGCUCAUCUUCCGUGUCCCUUUUUGAACUCAAAGGCAUAUAGUUUGUUCUGUGAUAUUUUUCCACCGUGGCUGGGACUCCCUUUCCACAUAUGGCAGAAAGCCAUGGCCAUCCCCAUCCUCACCUAUGCGAUGGAAGUGAGUCUUCCAUACUGUGGAUCCUCAUUUCCAGUGAGAUCAGAGAUGCAGCUUCAGACCAAAUGACAAAUGGGCACUUUGUUAUCCUAAGAAGAACCAAGAGUUCCAAAUGACAAUUCUCUCUUCAGUUCCUCCAACUGAUUCUAUCAAUAUAAUUGUUUGUGUUUUGUUUCUUGGUUAUUCUCCAAUCUGUCCUUAAUAUUUCAUGGGUUUGGGAUUUAAAAAAAUUUUUAAGACAACUGAUACUACUGAGCUAUUUAAAUAAAGUCACAUACCUUCUACUUGAA